AUGUGGUAUUUCCUCUUUCUGCUCCCGAUCUAUGUUUUAUGUAGCCUGAGGUGCCACUCAUGUCUUACGCAUUGUAAAACCACGGUUGGAACUAAGAUUGAUGCAGUUGGAUGCGAUUGUAUGUCGAAAGCCGAAGACAUGUGCGUGGGCAAUGCCUGUUUCGCAAAGAUAGAAAUAUUUUCGGAAGAAAAGACCGCUAUAAUCCAGAAAGGUUGUAUCACGGACAUUCCUGGUGGUCAGAAAGGUUGUCAAUACGCCAGUAACUUCGAAUCUGUUCAUUGCUUCUGUGAAGAGAAUGAAUGUAACAUUAGAAAGAAGAUGAACGACUUUAUGACGAAUCGGCUGCCGACGAUGGAGUGUUGUGCAUGCUCAGAGCGGCAUGGUGAACACUGUUCGAAUGACCGGUGCAGUCGAAAAUGUCGAGGAAACUAUUGCGCCGUUGAUUUUGACGGCAUCGAACAGGGAUGUGGUCUUGGAUUUCCACGUUUGCAGUCAUUUCUGAGAAUGGACAACUAUUUAGACCACCAAGGUUCAUUGAUAUCAACGCCGGCAACUGUGAUAAGUGGUUGCACCUGCACUCAUCCAUCAGGCUCUUGCAAUGAGUUGAAUAAGACCAGAAAUUUUCAGAUUAAAGGAGUUAUCGAAAGGAAAUUGAAUGAGCAGAAUUACUGCUACAGUCUAAGUCAUAGGUCAAAUAAACCAUUUGGACAGGAGGUCUUCAGGAGGUCAACAACAUGUGAGGGACAAUAUUGCUUCAUUUCCUUAACUACGUCAGAGAUCGUUCUGGAAAGUGCUGAAUUCAAACGCGACUAUUCAGAGCACGAUGAGUUCAUCGGCACUACAAGGCCUCGGUUUGAACUUUUAGCGGGUUGUAUAAAAGUCGAUGAUGAUGAGAUUAAAGUGGGAUGUACAGCCGAAUAUUUAAAGAAUGCUAAUGAUUCGAUUAGCAAGCACUGUAUAUGUGAUAGUCAUCUCUGUAAUUUUCAUCAUCUUAUCAGUGGUGUGAACGAUACAAGAGCAAGGGCAACCGCUAAACAACAAGUGAGUUCAACGAGUUGGCAGAUACUCGCUCAAAUAUCUAUUAGAAUUUAUUUAUGUGAUCUUAUCAACUGA